GCAGGUGUUGAACACGCGGCCGGACGGCGCCGCUUGCCAGGGAUCUCGGUUGGCCCGGCUGAACGUCCUGGAUCCCGCCGGCACUUAUGAGACUCUUUGUGAGUUCCCCUCGGACUGCUUCAACGCCUGCGGCAUCAAUCCGCGAGAUUCGAU